GAAAUUGAAGGGAAGAACAAAACUGUUAUUGCACCAAGAGUAAAGAAUUUAGAUACUCUUUCACCAACUGGCUGAUAAAUCAUUUCUGAAAUGGAGGAAACAACUCCCAGCUAUGAUUACUUCUAUUCUCUUAGUCCAGAUGCUCCUGAAGAAAAUUGUCAAGUUCUAAAGCUGCCCUAUAUGGAAACUUUUGUGAGUGUUCUUUAUAUUGCUAUUUUUCUUGUGGGGACUGCUAGCAAUGGUCUUCUGAUAGGAGUAUUAAUCUUCAAACAACGUGUCUGGAGGCUAACUGAUACCUUCAUUGUCAACUUGGCAAUUUCUGAUUUUAGUUUUCUUAUCACAUUGCCUUUCUGGGUGGACAAGGAGCUAGCCUCGGGACUUUGGAGAUCUGGCUCUGUUCUGUGCAAAGGCAGUUCCUACAUCAUCUCAGUCAACAUGUACUGCAGCAUCUUUCUUCUGACUUGGAUGAGUGGUGACCGGUACCUGACCAUCAUGUACCCAUCAGUGGCCAGAAAAAUCAGAACAAAGCUUUAUCCUAUCUUUGUUUGCAUCAGUGUUUGGAUACUGUCCUGCUUGUUAGGGCUGCCUACUCUACAGUCCAGAGAGCUGAGAAGAUACAACAACAAUACAUAUUGUGUGGACAAGGAAACCAUAUCCAGCAACUGGAUUGGAUCACUGCUGCUGCUAAUUUUGGCUUUCUUUAUUCCACUGUUCAGCAUUUUAAUAUUGAAUUAUUUCAUAAUUAAAAAACUCUAUGUCCAUUAUCAGAAAUUUGGGAAACAUGACAAAAAACUGAGAAAAUCCAUCAAAAUUGUUUUCACAAUAACAGUUGUUUUUCUUUUCUCAUGGAUCCCUUUCAACAUUUUUAAGAUCUUGGCUUUGAUAUCUAGUACCCAGGAACUGAAGCAACCUUUCUGCCUUCACUAUAAAAUUGCCUAUCUGGGCAUGGAACUGGGUGGUCUACUUGCAUUUACCAACAGCUGCACAAAUCCUUUCAUUUAUUACUUCUUUGAUGAUUGCAUUCGUAGGGCCACGAUGCAAAGUAUUAUUCCAUGCAGGAAGACCAAUAGACCUGGAAGCAGUUUUGCAAGCUUGGACACUUGUCUUAGGUUUUCAGAGAGUUAAUUUCUCCCUGAAAAGGUUGAUCUCAGGAAGAUAAAGAAGUCAGUAUCAUCCUGCAGGGAGUCACCAUUUUGAAAUACCCAUAAAAAGGGUAAGGUAGAAAUGUGAGGAAAUGAAAAUAAAUAAUUAGGAAGAAAUUAUGACUGAGUUGAUUAUUAUAUAUUACUUUGAAUUACAUGAAAGGCAAGAUAUGUACCUUUAAUUGGAUAGUUAAUGAAAAGGUUAAGUGGAAUAUAUUCAUAAGAAUCAUAUCUUCCUGAAUGUUAUUAGGUAAUUACACCAAACAGUGUUCAAAACCAAUAUGAGCUAAAAUAACAGAAAUUAUUAGAGCCAUAUCUUGGGAAUUAUAGAAUAUUUCAUGCUACUUAACAGCCAAACUUACUUAAACCUAGCUCAUUCCUUUUAAGGGAGGCCUGCAAAAAGAUCUUAUAAAUGCUUAUCUACAUAAUUAGUUUGGAAUGCAAAGUUUAAAAAUUAUGCCUCUUUUUUAGUUAAA